AUGAGCCUGCUCCUCCCUCCGACCUUGAAGGCGUUGCGCGCAGACUCCCUCUGUAACUUUCGCCAGGAGGUCACUUCUCUGUCUAAGCCCGUCGAUUGGGAGCGGGUGUAUUACCGUCGCGGCCGAUGCGAGCGGCACUCUCAUUCGCUUAGCGGCCCCGAGCUACAAUACAAGCCCGACAACAGCAACAGAGGUCGCUAUUACAUUGUGUGCCGCCACGAGCACCCCGGCGACAUACAGGGCGGCGGGUCGCUGUUCGAAUACGUUUCCGCGCCGCUCGACAACGCCGACUUGAGCUUUCUGCGCGACAUCAAGAGGGCUUCGGAUGCUGCGGUGAAGGAUGCCGCGGCUUCCGGGAUAUACUCCAAACGCAACCGUCGCCGCCACCGCCGCCCGGGCAUUGACGCGUACGACCCGAGGACUAUCUACCGCCCCGCCGUGCCCUUGAUUCUCAGGCGCACCACCCCCGUUGCCCGUCCUCGCUCCCCCAGCAUCCCUCGCCUGCCCAGCGUUGCUCGCUCUCCCAGCGUUGAGGUCAUGGAGCCUCUUCCUCGCUCACCCAGCGUUGAGUUGGUCGAACCGUUGGUAUUCUACAUCCACGCGUACAUCCAAGGAUACUCUUCUCCUUCUACCUGCACGAUCAAGUACUACGACCCGGACUACACGGUAACGCUCGACGAUUACAACACUUUCUGGGAUGCCUUGGGCGUGAAAACCGACGACCUCGUGCAUAUCUUAGUCUAUCGGGACAGCGACCGCGAGGGCGGCACGCCGUUUUGGACCAGUCCGGACGCCAUGACCGGCAUGGCGGUCCCGGCGAGGUGCGGGCAUGUGGUCGUUGCUGAUGAUCGCGGUGGACUGCCCUUGCCCUCCGAUCUAACACCUCUGUGUCACUAUGCAGUGAACUUUGAAGACCUCCAGGUCUAG